AUGCCAGCUGCUGGUCGUCCAAUACCAUUUCGCUGCCGCAAGAUGUUAGCUGGUGGCACUUUUCGUUUUGGAGGCUCUUAUGAAGUCCACUGUCGUCCAGAUCGUGCCGUAAAUAUUUUGGCUGCUGGUUGUUCCACUAGUUGUUCACGUUUAGCUCGAUGUCUAGGCGGCUCCUCGUCGCUGGAACAUUCAGUUUCAACGUAA